AUGAACACUUUUACUCUACUCCUGGCCACACUCCCACUGCUGGCAUAUGGCAGGGGCGACAAUAAGCCCGGCCAGUUCAAUUACAUUUGCGAAGAUAUCCCUUGCGACGAAGAGGGGGUCGACAGCUGGAUUCUGCAAGCAUGCAUCGGAAUUGGAGGGACUGAGCUUACAGCUCAUGGAGGGAUAUACGACACGACUGGAGAACUCGUUGGCCGGACGGCGAUCUGCUUGUGUGCAAGGGGCCAGACGAAGGCGCAUGAUUAUAACAUCAGUGGGGAUUACCCGCCAGGGGUUGCGCAUUUGACGUUUGAUGUUCGGGCGCCUUACUGGUGUCAGAGUUCUGGAUAG